CCCUGUACACUGUAUAUCAUGUUACCGCAUUCACCACCUGUGCUACACAUACUGUACACAUCGUUUAACACUGAAGUGCUGAACGACAUCAGUGUUUGCUUUUUCUCUUUUGAGGUCAGCAGUACACGAGGAACCAGGUUAGCUUUAGUCAUCUCAUUGAAAAUAUUCUCCAGCAUGUCACUUAUCAUUUGUCAACAAACAGUUUUACUUCUGUCUGUUUCUCCACUAUCAGAAACAUGAAACCAAUCCCACUCACUCCAUCAGCCUUCUUAAGAGUGCUGUUGUCAUAUUUACAGAUAAAAUGUAUAGUUACUCAAUUGCUAGUUUAGCUACACUUAGCUAAAACUAAAAUAGUUUAUUACAACAACCCUACAAAUAACUUCUACCUUUAUGAAAAUUAUAAUGUUCAGUUUUUGUUGAACCAGUUUUAGAGAUGUGUUGAUUCAUGAUUGGGCAGUUUGUUGCAGCUGUUGACUCCCUAUUAUUUACCUCAAUAACAAUUCUCAGUAUAACUUAAUAUAAUUCAACAGCACCACAAACUACAGCUUUCAAAUGACCAGAAAGUUGAGCACACACCUCUCUAAAACUGAACAUAUAACCUAUAAUGUGAAGUUAGGAUUUAUCAUAGGGCUGUUUCAGCUAUAGGUACAUAAUAAACUGACAAAUUACAGUAUAUGUAGAUACAUCAAGGCCAUGUCCCCUCGAUGUUUCAAUCAGACUGGAAUAGCAUUUGUUUAAAUACUGAAAAUAACAUCUCAACAUCUUUAUGAAGCAGCAGACGUCAUGUGUCAUGUAUCCUACGGAUACAUGCAAAUCAGCAGGAGGAACUCACAUGGACUGAGAUGAACCGUAGGCGAAGAUGUUUAAUUGAUCCUGACAAACUGCAGACACAUUGACAUUACUUCACACCGUGUAGCAGCAGGUACGGAGGCAGUGGAGGUGUGAUUUGUGUGAUCGUCACAGUGUUGGACCCCUCUCCUUAUUUGUCCAGGGCAGCGCAGCUGGAUGCCUGCGGUCACAACAUCCUCACUGCCUUUGGAAAAUGUUACUUAGAGUCAAGUCAUGUCAUGAUUAACAACUGAGUAAUCAGACUCAUCAGUGAGAGUCCUGCAGGGAAGGAAGAGGAAGACGCAACUGCAGAAAAGUGACUCAAAGUGACGGCAGAAAGGGUGGCGGAGUGUCGGACUGGUCAACAGUGUCUGGGCCGGCUCAUUAACAUUUGAGUCAGUUUGUGUCAUUAACACUGCACAGCAUGCAGGCCUCAUGUUGAGACCAGGACACCUACAAAGCUGGUGUGGCUAAUCCUGACUGACACUAGUGAAGUUUGAAUUUAUUGCAAUGUUUUUAUCUAAUAUUCCACAUUUAAAUAAUUUGGACGUAAGUAUUAAUCAUCUCUGAAGUCAGAAGUUGGAGGUUUUUGUUUGAUAUGUUGUGAGAACAGCAUCUCAGUGUUGUGUUGUUCACAUUGUCAUGGCUAAUGAUGACCUUAUCCUGUCCGGUGACACUUCUGUCCACAACAUCCUCGUUCUCUCACAGCCAUUCUUCUCAACCAAUCACAUCCUUUUGUUGGUUUGACGAUGAGGAGGAUUUGAAGAGGAAGAAGACUAUUUAUCAGCUCAACAUCUCCCUACUCAAACAGCUCUUCCGCCACACACUUCCUGAUUGGUGGAGAUGCUUUGCUCUCAAGUGCAGGUUCUUCUGGUGGCUCUGUUUUCCUCUGCGCUGCUGGUGCGGGUCAGCGGUGCUCCACCCAGAGAUGUGCUGAUAGAAACACUGAGAGCAGACCUCACAAAGGACAAGGGUCUUGCUCACUUGCUCUUGCUGAAGUUUAUGUCUGAACUGAUGGCAGCGAGAGGAGACGAGAGGCUCCCCGAGCUGGAGGAGGAGCUGGGGGUCAGGGAGGAGGUGAUGCGGCGACACCUUCCCCUCUCCCAAAGAGAGCGCAAGGCAGGCUGCCGCAACUUCUUCUGGAAGACAUUCACCUCGUGUUAACACAAGAUGAUACCCUCUGGAUAGUCAGUUCAGUGUAAAUAACACUAUAUCAUUUGCUGUAGAUGGAUCAUUCACUGUAAAAUAAAGAUGUUAUGGUGAUUGCAUACAAUAAUGAGGUUAAUAAGGAUGUACACAGUGUUUAAAAUAAAGUUUUCUGAUUUAAAAGGGUAUGUUUGUCAGGCUACAUCCUCAUUUCUCUCUGUUUGUGUCUUAAAGGGAUAUUCUAGUGAU